AUGAAACAGCUUUUCCUGGCAGUGAUUGCUGCCACUUUGUACCUGGUGCGUGCGCAGGCCCCAUGCAUCCCAGGUGUAACCUGCGCCACGUUCAACUGCACCACAGACAGCCGGUGUCCGUCGGUGAAUCCACCGCAGGGACCGUUGCUGCUGCCGCAUUCUAACUGUGCCAAGUUUUACAAGUGUGCCAAUGGUCAAGCGUGCGAGUACGACUGCCCGGCCAAUUUGCACUUUAAUCCCGUGGAGAAUGCUUGCGAUUGGCCAGAGCGAGCUUGCUGUGCUUUACCGUGUUUGCCUCCAGAUCCCUGCAUACCCGGUGUGACCUGCCCACCACCAUCUGAACCGCCGAUCAUUCCAACACCGCCGCCGCCGACAGUUCCCACACCGCCACCACCAACGAUUCCAACAGCUCCCACACCGCCACCACCAACGAUUCCAACAGCUCCCACACCGCCACCACCAACGGUUCCAACAGCUCCCACACCGCCCCCACCGACAACACCAAUACCAUCCUGUAUCCCGGAUACGGUACGCUGUGACCCCAACGAGAAUCCAAAUGAUCCGACCACUCUACCGCAUGAAUCCGACUGUACACUAUUCUACAAGUGUGACCUCGGCAGACGUGCCAACUCCGGUUCCCACUCCGGCUCCUACUCCGGUUCCUACUCCGGUUCCCACUCCGGUUCCUACUCCGGUUCCCACUCCGGUUCCUACCCCGGUUCCCACUCCAGUGCCAACUCCGGUUCCCACUCCGGUACCCACUCCGGCACCAACUCCAGGUCCUACCCCUGGUGA